UUGUUUAUAGAUUUGGUUGUUGAAAUCGGCAGGGAAGGGAAAUAUCGAAAGAGACAGAAAUAGAAAGAAAGUGAGAAAGAAAAGAAAAGAAAAGAAAAGAAAAAAAAAAAAGAAGAAGAAAAGAAGUGAAGAUGGAGGAAUGAAUGAGACGGUAGAAGGAUGAAGAGGAUGAGAGAAAAAAUGAGAAAGGUGUGAAUUCACGUGAAGGGAUAGGAGAGUGGCGUGAGUGAAUGAAGGAACGUUGAGAUUUGAAAUUUGACCAUCGGAAUCGGAUAGGGUAACAGAAGAAGAAGCGGAGAUAGGAGUGUGCGUGUCCAAACCGAAGGGGCCUCGGAGGGGCUCUUCGUCGGAGCCGGCGGUGGCUUUUUCCCCUCCGGAUUCUCCCAGCAUGAAGAGCCUCUUCAAGUCCAAGCCCCGCACUCCCUCCGACAUCGUUCGCCACACCCGAGAUCUUCUCCGUCUCACCAACCGCGAUGACGACAAGACGGCCGAACUCACCAAAAACCUCCGGGAGUUGAAGACAAUUCUCUAUGGGAACAGCGAAUCCGAACCGGUUCCCGAGGCUUGCGCGCAGCUCACUCAGGAAUUCUUCAAGGAAAACACCUUGCGCCUCCUUAUCCUAUGUCUUCCCAAAUUAAACUUGGAGGCUCGGAAGGAUGCCACUCAAAUUGUUGCCAAUUUACAGAGACAGCAGGUUCAGUCUAAGCUCAUCGCUUCCGAUUACUUGGAGACAAAUUUAGAUCUCAUGGAUGUGUUGGUAUCUGGCUAUGAAAACAUGGACAUGGCUUUACACUACGGGGCGAUGUUGAGAGAGUGCAUAAGACACCAGAUUGUUGCGAAAUAUGUUCUGGACUCACCUCAUAUGAAGAAGUUUUUUGACUACAUUCAACUUCCAAAUUUUGACAUAGCUGCAGAUGCUGCAGCUACAUUUAAGGAGCUCUUGAUGAGGCAUAAAUCUACAGUUGCCGAAUUCCUUUCCAAGAAUUAUGAAUGGUUUUUUUAUGAAUAUAACUCUAAGCUGCUGGAAUCUUCCAAUUAUAUUACAAGGCGUCAAGCUGUCAAGGUGCUGGGAGAUAUGUUACUUGAUCGCUCAAAUUCAGCCGUAAUGACACAAUAUGUCAGCUCACGAGACAACUUAAGGAUUUUAAUGAAUCUUCUACGAGAGUCAAGCAAGAGCAUACAGAUUGAAGCAUUUCAUGUUUUCAAGCUGUUUGUUGCUAACCAAAAGAAACCAGCUGAUAUCAUCAGCAUACUUGUUGCAAACCGAAGCAAGCUUCUUAGACUUUUGGGUGACUUAAAAAUAGCUAAAGAGGAUGAACAGUUUGAAGCUGACAAAGCUCAAGUUAUUAGAGAAAUUGCAGCUCUUGAACCGAGAGAUGUUGCUUGAGCUUCAGAUUGUGUCAGGUGACAAGUUGCAUUGCGAUAUUUUACUUUAUAUAAUUGUCUAUUGUUAUAGUUCUUUUAGUUUUCAUCAAGAUGAGACCUACAUUCAACACAAAUUCCAGUGUUUCCAUUCCGAAAUUUAAUUUCGUUUCUGUAAUUCGUAGAUAAAUAAAUAAAUUACUAAAAUGAACUACAUGCAGUAGCAGUAUAUGACCUUCUGGUGUUAUAAUGGUUUACCUACCAGCUGGUUUGUAUAUUGUACUCGGUCAUGUAAUAUUCUUACUCAUUGUAUGACAAAUUUCUUCUGUUAGUUCUUCA